CGUCACAACAGUAGUCACACCAAUAGUUACAACAACAGUCACAAUAGUUACAACAAUAGCCAGAAUAGUUACAACAAUAGCCACAAUAGUUACAACAGUCACCCACCAUCUACUCCACACUUUACAACAACGGUGAAGGCAAAAGCCACUGUUAAAGUAGAAGUCCACACCCCCCUUCCAGGGGCUGUAGAUAGCGAUCAUGGCUAUAAGCAUAAGAGACGGCGACACAAGAGGUCUCCGCAGCAACAGAUGCUUGAGUUUCCUCACAGUACAUCAGAGUCUAGUGACACCUCAAAUAAAUCAUAAUGAGGUGUGCUGAAUGCUGUAGUCCCUAUGUGUCAAAUGGUGCCGUAUUUGUAUAGAAAGUAGACUUAAUUUUAUUUUAUAUAUCUAUAUAUAUAGCAGUGGAAUAUUAUAAAAAAAACUUACAUGGUGGAUAUUUCCAUAUUUGGCAUUUACCUGUGAUGCUAUGGAAUAUAACAAUGCAAAUUGAGAAAUACGAACGACUUCUUCACAAUCUGAAACAGAGAACUUUAUGUCAGACAGUCAGUGACAAACUGCAUACAGGCAUCGACAUUUGCCAACAACCUUAUGGAACUGAGACUGUGGCAAGAUAUAAAGCAUUUACAAUCAUUAGAUUGUAUUUGUCACUUUUUAGUGGUAGUGUUUUGCAUUUACCAUAAGAGGAAUAUUUGACUGAUGAAAUACUCAUUUUAUAUAUAGUUUACAUGUAUUUAUUGAACAUAGCAUAAUAUGUUGAAUGUGGGGGAGAAUGCUCAUUAUAUUCAUGUUUUAUGAUGAAAUUCA